AUGGCGUGCCGGGCUUUGGCGCAGCUGCUGGCGCCGGGCGCUCGGAGGCUGGCGGCGCGCGCUGGCGGGGCCCUGCGGCGGCGGGGGUACCGCACAGAGCGGGGCGUCUACGGCUACAGGCCGAGCCGCCGGGCGGAGAGCGGCGCGGGCGGAGGGGCGGAGCUGCGGGAAGCAGGCCGGAAAGCAGCUGACCAUGGCUUGGCUCGCUUGUUGGCAGCCUACUGUCAGCACGGCCACAAAGCGGCCAAAAUCAACCCUUUGUUUGCUGACCAAGCUGUUUUGGAUGUAGUACCUGAAAUUCAAGCUCUGACAGAAGCUCUACAAGGACCUUUCAAUACUACAGGACUUUUGAAUAUAGGAAAGGAGGAAGCAUCCCUGGAUGAAAUUACGUCUUACUUGGAUGAUAUAUAUUGUGGGCAUAUAUCUAUAGAGACUAGCCAGCUGUCAAGCAUGCAAGAAAGAGAAUGGAUUGGGAAAAGGUUUGAAGAGCUGAAGCAAGAGGCAUUCACUACUGAGGAGAAAAAGCACUUAUCCCGGCUCAUGCUGGAAUCUCAGGAGUUUGAUCAUUUUUUGGCUUCAAAGUUUGCCACAGUGAAAAGAUAUGGCGGUGAAGGAGCAGAGAGCAUGAUGGGCUUCUUUCACGAGUUGUUAAAGCUGUGCUCGUACAGCGGGGUGAUGGAAAUUGUUCUUGGAAUGCCUCAUCGAGGCAGACUGAAUCUCCUCACAGGGCUUCUUCAUGCUCCCCCUGAGCUAAUCUUCCGUAAAAUGCGAGGCCUGAGUGAAUUUCCAGAGAAUUCAUCAGCGAUUGGAGAUGUUCUUUCCCACUUGACUGCUUCAGUCGAUCUAGACUUUGGGUUUCAUCGGCCUAUUCAUGUCAUCCUGUUACCGAAUCCUUCCCAUCUGGAAGCCAUUAAUCCUGUGGCUGUUGGCAAGACCCGAGGGAGGCAACAGUCGCUCCUGGACGGAGAUUAUUCCCUAGAUGGUUCUGCACAGCCCGGAGACAAAGUCAUCUGCCUGCAGGUUCAUGGUGAUGCUUCCUUUUCUGGCCAAGGAAUUGUUCCUGAAACAUUUACACUUUCCAACGUGCCACAUUUUAGAGUAGGUGGCAGCAUCCAUCUCAUUGUCAACAACCAGCUGGGCUAUACCACUCCAGCUGAGCGGGGAAGGUCAUCUCUGUACUGUAGCGAUAUUGGAAAGAUCGUUGGCGCUGCAAUUAUCCAUGUGAAUGGAGAUUAUCCUGAAGAGGUCAUCCGAGCUGCACGAUUGGCUGUUGAAUACCAGCGUCAUUUCCGUAAGGAUGUAAUAGUGGAUUUGCUGUGCUACCGCCAGUGGGGCCACAACGAACUAGACGAACCAUUCUUCACUAACCCCACCAUGUAUAAAAUAAUCAGGGCCCGUAAAAGUAUCCCAGACACUUACAAAGACAUUUUAGUCACCCAGGGUCUCAUGACUGAGGAUGAAGUGUCUGAGAUAAAGAUGUCCUACUACGCUAAAAUGAGCGAGCACCUUGCCAACAAGACUUCGUAUGCCCCUCCACCCACCAAUCUUCAGGCCCACUGGAGUGGCAUGGUGGAGCCAUCAGCAAGGAUCACCCGGUGGGACACGGGCAUGCCUGUUCCACUCCUUCAGUUUAUUGGGGUCCAGUCUGUGGCGGUGCCAGAGGAGCUGCAGCUGCAUAGCCAUAUCCUGAAGACACAUGCCCAGGCCAGAAUACUGAAAUUGGAGGAAGGAAUGAAAUUAGAUUGGGCAACUGCUGAAGUAUUGGCUUUCGGUUCUUUACUCAGUCAAGGUUUUAAUAUUCGUUUGAGUGGGCAAGAUGUUGGCAGAGGAACUUUCAGCCACAGGCAUGCCAUGUUGGUUUGCCAAGAGACGGGUGAAACCUACAUCCCUUUGAAUCACAUGUCGCCGGAUCAGAAAGGCUUCCUUGAGGUGAGCAACAGCCCCCUUUCUGAAGAAGCUGUGCUUGGCUUUGAGUACGGGAUGAGUAUUGAAAACCCCAAAUUGUUGCCCAUUUGGGAAGCUCAGUUUGGCGAUUUCUUCAAUGGAGCACAGAUAAUAUUUGAUACCUUUAUUUCUGGAGGGGAAGCAAAGUGGCUUUUACAGAGUGGAAUCGUCAUUCUUCUUCCACACGGCUAUGAUGGUGCAGGGCCGGAACACUCCUCCUGUCGGAUUGAGCGUUUCUUGCAGAUGUGUGACAGCUCAGAGGAGGGAGUUGAUGGUGACCAUGUCAACAUGUCUGUAGUACACCCUACGACCCCAGCACAAUAUUUCCACUUACUCCGUAGACAGAUGGUCCGAAAUUUCCGGAAACCACUCAUUGUGGCCUCUCCAAAGAUUCUGCUUCGGUUACCUGCUGCUGUGUCAAGCCUUCUGGAAAUGGCCCCAGGGACAGCCUUUAAACCAGUCAUUGGUGAUUCAUCAGUGGAUCCUAAAAAUGUCAGCAGAGUGGUUCUCUGUUCUGGGAAACAUUACUAUGCUCUGGCAAAACAGCGGGAGAUGCUUGAAGAAAAGAAGCAGGAUACUGCGAUCAUCAGAGUAGAGGAGCUGUGCCCUUUCCCACUGGAAGCUCUGCAGCAGGAGAUGAACAAAUUUACAAACGCCAAAGUGUUCAUCUGGAGUCAGGAGGAGCCACAGAACAUGGGGCCCUGGACAUUUGUGUCACCGAGAUUUGAGAAACAGCUGGCCUGUAAGCUCUGUCUUGUAAGCAGACCACCCUUACCAGCCCCUGCGGUGGGGAUUGGGAUGCUGCACCAAAAACAACGGGAAGAGCUCCUUGCCAGAACCUUUGCCUGA